AUGAUCCAAUCAAACAUUCCAUCGGCUAUAAAAGGAGAGCCCCAAGCAAAUGCCAACGACCAACCGACGAUGAGGGAGCUGAUCCGGAGGCUGAGCUUCUCGGACCGGGUGAGCGACGGCAGCGGCGGCGUGCCGCGCGGGUGUGUGCCGGUGCUGGUGGUGGGCGAUGGCGACGAGGAAUGCGAGCGGUUCGUGGUGCGGGUCGAGGCGCUGCGGCACCCGUCGCUGGCGGCGCUACUGGAGAUGGCGGCGCAGGAGUUCGGGUACAAGCAGGAGGGCAUCCUCCGCGUCCCCUGCGCCGUCAACCAGUUCAGGCGGGCGCUCACCACCUCCGCCGUCUCCAAGAACUACUGA